AUGACCUCCGGAGCAGGUGAAGACGACGGCUCACGUGCUGGCAACGAGUCGAAGCCGUACAGUUUUGGCUACGACAUCACCGACGAAUUCGGCAAUCGACUGUUCCACAACGAGCAGUCAGACAACAGGAACGCCAGGACCGGUACAUACGGCUACCGCAACAUCAAUGGCCUCUUCCGCACGGUGUCAUAUGUGGCUGACGCUGAUGGAUACCGCGCUACCAUUGACACCAACGAGCCUGGAACAGCCUCUGGAGCUAGCGCCGACGCCGUCUUCAAUGCCAAUCCAGUGGCCGCACCACCCACCGCUCCUCGGCCUGGAGGCUACACUAGGCCUGUAAACAAUGGUCCUGCAUACAUUCGUCCUGCAGCUCCAUUCAACGUUCGCGGCCCUGGACGCUACACGGGCAGCUACGCUGGCGGAUAUGGCGGCGGGCUUAGAGGCCCAUAUGGUGGAGUGUCCGGUGGCGGAUACCGUGGUGGCUUCGGCGGGGUAUACAGUGGGGGCUAUGGCAGUAGAUACAGCGGUAGUUAUGGUUCUGGGUAUGGAGGCAGACCCAUGGGCGGUUAUGCUGGUGGAAAUGGUAUUGUGUACCCAGGCAGGUAUCGGGCAGUAUUCGGAAGGGAUAAUAGCGGAGCAUACCGGGGAGCCGCUACACCAAAUUUUGGCUACGGCGGUGCUGGCUACAAAGCUGGCAACGGCGGAGCUGGCUAUGGAGUUACAUAUAUUGGAACUGGCAACGAAGCUGGCUACAGAGCUGGCUACACUGGCGGCCAUCGCCGAGGUCAUUUCGGAGCCGGACAUAGCGGUGGAUACGCUUCUUCUUCAGCCUUUCUAGCUCGACAACAUGGACUGCAUAGUCAUCACGGAUUUCUUGGCCACCAUGGAUACAGAGGUGGUUACAAAGCAGCAUCUUCUUAG